UGUUUCAGAGUGAAUAUGAGUUGGUUUGAUACCUCCAACCUAUCCAGCAUUGCUACUAAGGCAAUGAAGGAGGCACAGAAGACGCUGGACAAGGCUCUGGACAUCACAGAAACCGAGGAGAAUAAUAAAGAUUCCAAAUGGUUGGGCUGGAGCAAGGUUACAAAAUCAGAAUCCGACUCAAGUAUUAAAGAAAACAGCGAGAAAACAAACAAACCUGAUAACAAUGCCUCCAUUUGGGGAUCUUUCUCAGGUUCCUUUUUUGAACCUGGAGCAGAAACUAACCCUGAAUCUGAUCCUGGAUCAACUGAACCUGUAUCUAAUCAACCUAGGAAGCAAACUUCAAAAAAUUUGUAUGAGUCCACCAUUUGCAAUCCGUCAAGUCGUGCCGUCCAAUCAGAGUCAAGUAUCUUACCUUCCAGCCAAUCACAGAGCUCCCUGAUGGAAGGGUGCAGUGAAGAAGAAAUUUUAAUGACCCAGAAUGAGCUUUCGAGCGAGUUAUGUUUGGGAGAUUUAGUUGAAAGCGAUCAAUUUUCUACUUCUAGAUUGAUUGUUUCUACAUCCCCUGAAGUUUCAGAAAAGAAGAAUAUUCAAGCUCAACCCUUUUCCUUAGAUGCAGAAACAGAAAUGUACACUUCUGUGAUAAAACAUGAAGAUUUGGAACCUAGUGAACCCUUGAAGAAAAAUGAACUUUCAAGUUCUCCUAUUUCGAAAGUUCCUGUAUCUCCGUCAAGUGUAGAAGUAAUAUCUCCGCCAAGUGCAGAAGUAAUAUCUCCGUCAAGUGCAGAAGUAAUAUCUCCGUCAAGUGUAGAAUUAAUAUCUCCGUCAAGUGUUGAAGUAAUAUCUCCGUCAAGUGUUGAAGUAAUAUCUCCGUCAAGUGUUGAAGUAAUAUCUCCGUCAAGUGUAGAAGUACUUUCUCCGUCAAGUGAAGAAAUAUCUCCAUCAAGUGUAGAAGUAAUAUCUCCAUCAAGUAUCGAGCUUAUUCACUCCGAUUCCUCAGAACCUGGAUCUCCAGGAGGAUCCAACCUAAUCUACUCUUCAAAACCUUUAAAUAUAACAGAUUCUACGGAGGGAAACAUUGAGAAGUGUACUAGUGGUGUACCGCAGGAUGAACUGAACACCUCUGUAUCCAGUGAUAAAACUGUUGUUUACAGAGAAGAUUCCUCGAAUAUUGAAGUAAUGCUAACCGAGGCUAUAAUGGAGAAUCAGAACUCGAGUAUGCAUAGUGGAAGCAGUGGUAGCUCUGAUAUAACUAAGUUUGAGUGCCCUAGCGAGACAUCUUGCGACGAGUUGGAUAAUUAUACUUCGACUAGUAGCGACGUAGAAGUUAUCUCCAGUCCACUUAGUUCUAGGGGUUUACGACCAGACAGCGAGGCAUCAAAUCCUGGCUUUAUUCAGCAUAGAUCACAUUCAAGGAAUAAGUCUGACGAGAGCCUGGAGGAGAUAGAUAAACUAAAGAACCUGCAGAGAACCCUGGACACACAGAAAACAGAGCUUAUCGAGCUGAGAAAGAAGAACGGUGACUUGAAUGAAUUGGUGCAAGCUAGGGAGGCAAAAAUACUGGCAAUAUCUAGAGAAAUAUCUCAAGUUCAAGAAGAAUCUGGACAGAUGUCUGUUCGGUUAGAAGCUGCUUUAAAGGAAGCUGACAGGUUUAGGGAGAAAGAGCAACAGCUACUCAUUUCUGUGGAAAGUAUGAAAGAUGAAAUGAAGACCUGGAGAAAGGAGAAGCUGGACCUUGAGAACCAGGUUCUCAAGCUCAACAAGCAGGUCAAGGAGAAAAAAGGGGAUGAUGAUGAAAAGGAUGAAAUUAUUGCAGACUUACGAAGCGAAGGAGAAACACUGGCUCGACAGAACGGAAAACAAGCUGAAAUUAUCAGAAAAUUAAGGGGUAAAGAGAAGACAGUUGAGAAUGAGAAUAAGAAGAUCUCUGCUGAACUAGAGAAAAUGAGAUUAGAAAAUGAGAAAUUAACCAAGAACUUAUCUAGCAAGGAGGAAAGCUUGAUAUCUCUGAAUAAAACAAUGAAAUCUCUGACAGAAGCUAACCAGGGAUGGGAAAAUGAAAACAAGGGAAUCAAGAAUGAGUUAGAAGACAAUAUAGAAAAGGUGUUAGGUCUCAGAUCUAGUUUGGAAGCAGCUUACAGAGAAAUGGCGGAGAUGAAGACAAAGUUGACCGAAGCUGCUGACGAGGCUAAUACUGAGAGUUUAGCUGCUGAGAGGAAAGCUAGAAAAGAUGCUGAACAGCUCCUGGUUGAAGAGCGGAAAACCUGGGAAAUAGAGAAACUUGAAUUAGAAUCUAGAAUAGCAAAUAUCCAGGCCGCCCUGAGUUUAAGUGAGAAUUCAUCAAGUGUCCGUGAAGAAGCAAACAGAAGAGAACAGGAGGCUUUAAGAAUGCGACUUGAGGCGAGUGAGAACAGACAUGAAGAUUUAGCAGAGAGUAUUAGUCAAGCUAGCAAACCCAUUCUUAGACAGGUUGAGAGCCUACAGUCUGCUUUGAAACAGUGCCAGGAUAACUCUGAUAGGAUUGAGUUAAGUCUCACGGAAAGGUUGAGAUUGGCAACAACCAACCUAGCCGCUGCACAGGAGCGUGAAAGAUCAGUAGCUGAGCAGUACAGAGUAGUUUCUGCUCAGUUGGCCGCCUUACAAUCACAAGCAGACCAAACCUUGCAAUACAGACAACAGUACGAAGCACGUAUCGAAGAUCUUGAAAGUAAACUUGACUCCGCGAUGCAACAGCAUGAAAAAGAGAAGGUUAAAGCAGAAGUGCAAGUAUUAAAGCUUAAAGAAGAAUUGAUCGAGCUAAGGCGGGAAAGGGAGUUCCUAUCUGUAAGUUUGGAAAGUGAGAAAGCGGAAGGAGAAAGCAGAAGGAAAAAGUCUCUAGCACUCAUGGAACAGCUUAAGGAGAGAGAUCGUCGUGUUCGUGAAUUGCAGAGUGAUCUAGACACAAGGAUCGUUCAAGAAGAUUCUAUUCGUAUUUCUCCAACCCCUUCCCUCUCACAGCUUUCUUUAUCAGGAUCAGAUAUACUACCCAGGGACUCGUGGCCUGAUGAUGUAUUCCACCUGGGACAUUACACUUCAUCUUCAGUAUCACUUUAUGAUUCUGUGAAACAUGGGAACACAACAGCAGUUGUAGAGAGUCUUCAGGCACAGCUAAAGAUAAAGGAAGGAGAAGUUAACCAGCUUCAGCAUCAGAUCAUACAGUCAGAGAGGAUAAAGGAGAGUUUAUCUACUGAGUUAACUAUAAUUUCAGAGAAAGCUGACUUGUGUGAGAAGUACGCAGAGGAUAUCCAGGAUUUAAAAACAAGAUUAAAGGAAGUAGAAGCGAAAUAUCAAACUAUGCUCACGAUGUAUGGAGAGAAGGUGGAGGAGGCGGAGGAGUUGAAACUUGAUCUUCUAGAUGUAAAGGAAAUGUAUAAGACACAGAUUGAUCAACUUCUCGGGAAAUCCUCUAAUUGAUCGUCUCACCUUUAGCCAACAAAUUGGUUAAUUCUUCAAUAAUCCUUAGAUUCGUUUAAUAAUAGUUCUGCUUGGGAGACGGCAAAAUGUAUUUAACAAAUUUAGGAUCUACCAACGCAUUUUCUAUUCCGAGAUUUCCAGCAAAUUUGAAUUUAAUCUUUUACUAAUUUUAAUUUGAACUUUAUAUAUUUUAAACCAGAUUAUCUAAAGGUUGAGCCUUUCCCAUCAACCAAACAAUCAAAUACAAUAUUCAAUACAUUCCUAUGAAGUUUCUUUUUAUUAAUUCCAGUAUUUUUAAUUUUAAAACUAAUGUGUCAACUGAAGUGUUUAGUCUUAACGACUCAAUGUGUGUUUAUACUUUGUUUAAAUUUCGAAUAUUUGGCACUUUUUCAUCCUCUAUUUUGAACAUAAAUUUUUAAGUAAAAUUUUAUCUUGAAUAUUAUUUUAAAUGUAAUUUUAAUUUUAUCGUGGACUAAGAUUCUGUCCUUAGUUAAUUCAAAUGUCUAUGAGUUGUGUUUUCUAAGAAAUAUUUGACAAAAAAGAUUUAUUUGUUCGGAGAGGGAGGAGGCCUUACCCCUCAGAGAUUUGCCAUACAAUACCGAGUCGGCACUGUUUAGAACUUUUCUUCUAAAAUUAUAACAUGUCUUAUGCCAAAAUUAAUUCUUGUUCAGAUGUAACAAUGCUUUAAAACAAUAACUGUGCAUUAAGCGAUAUAUUUAUACCUCGACAUAAAAAUGUGUUAUUUGAAUCAAAUAUUUUAACAGAUUACUUCAAAUUCAUUUUAGAACUUGUCCUUGACGUUUCUUCCUUUCUGCAUAAGAAAAACAUGAGAAAGGUUUAUUAUAAAAACGAUUACUCUAUAAUGAAGGCGCGAUACUAAAUGGCAACUCUGGGGGGGGGGGGGCUCCUGGCGGCCAAGAUGUCAAUCCCUCGUUCAAAUCCUCAAUGCUUAAGAUUUAAUAUACAUCAUCUGAUUGAACAAGGGUAGGUUAAUGAAAAAUAAAGUUGUUCAUAUGAACUAUUAUUUCUGUGAUAUAAUUUAACAAGAUAUAUAUAAUAUAUGACACCGUUUUAGAUUUGUCUGCAAUUAAAUUAUAUUUAUGAAAUUUUCAUUUUCGAAAUAAAUAUACUUAUAUUAAACUA